AUGAAAGUUGCCGUUAUUGGUGGUGGACCGGCUGGCUGUACCGCGGCGUACACCCUGCGGAAGGCCGGUUGCGAUGUACAUCUUUUCGAGCGCGAUAACCGCAUCGGCGGACGUACCAGCCAAGUUCUCAAAGAAGGCUUCAAUCUCGGAACCGGGGCGCUCUUCUUGAUGGGAGGUAUCUAUUCUCGAACCACCGCCAUCCUCAAGGAGCUCGAACACCACAAAGACUUAGUGUCAUGGAAGCCUAUCACUCAUGUCGUUGACUGGGAUCGUCAGCGGUAUAUUGCACGCUUCGACAAGGUCACAAGCUUUAUUCAACUACCAGUCUUCAACUUGCUCGACAAAUUGAGAAUCGGAAUCAGCAUCAUCAUGCAGUUGUUCUCUCCUGGACCAAAAUCACUCUUCGAUGGUGCUGAACUUGCACAAUACGAUCAUGGCGAGACAUUGGACACCUGGUCUGAUCGUGUGCUAGGAAAGAAAGGGACCAAUCACCUGACUCUUCCGUACAUGGGAUUUCUCUAUGCAGUUCCUCUUCACUGGCAAUCCACCCCAUUAUUUCAAGGCGUCAGCCAGCAGUUCUACAAACUAUCACUGCAGGUACCACCAGAGGGCGUCGGUCAAUUCAGCCAGUGGUUAGUGGAGGGUUCACCCGGUCUAGAUCUCCAUCUCUCCUGCCCGGUCAAUGCCGUUCGUACACGCGAUGCUAGCGGCUACUUUGUCGACGCUGGCGGCAAGCCGUAUGAGGUUGACGCCUUGGUGAUGGCGCCGGAACCAGGUGUGGCCGCCGAUCUCCUGCACAAUAUCAUCCCGACAAAGUCAGCAGCAAAGCUUCGAAACUGCCGCUAUUCAGAGUAUGCCCACGUGCAGCUCUGCUACAAAAAUAACCCUUGGCCAAACUUCCCGGCGUCCGUGUCGUUGCCGGCAACUAAUUUGAGAAAAUGGGGCGCCUGCGUGCUACUGAGCCAUCGCCAUCCAAACUCGGUCCCUGUUGGCGGGGAAGCAGUCGGUGUUUAUUUCUACACGCCGCCUCUCGCGGAUAUGGAAGACGAAGAAAUCAAGAACGAAGCAUUGAUGGCUGUGACCGAGGUUUUUGGUGCCGCGCCCCAGCCUGACUUCAUCGAGAUAUUUCACUACAAGAGGGGUCUCUCACUUUCACCGCCGGGUCAUUUUGCAACAAUGGACUCACUUCAUACCGAAAUGCCUGAUGGUAUUGUGUUAGCAGGUGACUAUUUCGCCCAUGCAGGCGUGGAGUUAGCAGUCUUGAGUGGUGAGAGGGCAGCCCGUCAGUUAUUAGGGGAUUGGCCCUCUGAACGCGCAUAG